AUGUACAUGAGCAGAUGGGAUGGUGGCUCAAGACUGCUGGCCUUCAAAAUGCUUCUGCUCUUCUUCUUCCUUCCAGAGAGGGUCAGUGAGGGUUUGGAAUCCAUGAGCAGUCAGCUCACCAACGCUCCAGCAAAACGUCCCACCUCCAGAGGGGAAAUGAUACUUGGGGGAUUUGUUUCCAUUUUAUAUAUUGAUGUAACGUUACAGAGUUUCACCAAAGAGCCAGAGAUUUACUUAUAUGGAUCCAUGAUGCCAAAAAACUACCAGCACAUUCUUUCCAUGUAUUUUGCCGUUCGUGAGAUCAACCAGGACCUCCAGCUGUUACCCAACACCACACUAGGAUUGGAGGUUUAUGAAAACAGUUUCAGUGUCAGGCUGGCCAGUAAGCACCUUCUAGAUCUUCUCUUUUUGAAACAAAGGAAUCCCAUCAACUACAACUGUGUCAGAAGGAGGAGGAGGAACCUCUUGGCUAUCAUUGGUGGCCUCACCUCCCCAAACUCCAUCCACAUGGCCCACGUCCUGAAUACCUACAAGAUUCCACAGCUUCAUUACUUUUUGGGAAACACCCAUUUUAAUAACGGUGCAGGAGAUGAAAUCAUUUUUGAUGAGAAGGGGGACUUUGACCCUGGAUAUGACAUCUUCAACAUGGUCACAUUCCACAACAAAUCUUUCCAGAGAAUUCAGAUUGGAAGGAUGGCCUCCAAAGCCCCCGAUGGGAAGACGUUCAUCAUCAGUGAAAGUGCCAUUCUGUGGAAUCACAAGUUUCAGCUGGUACCUCCUCUUGCCAGAUGUGUGCAGAGAUGCCGCCAGGGGUACAGCAAGGCUGUUCAGGAAGGGAAACAAGCUUGUUGCUACAAUUGUACCAAAUGCCCCGAAGGAAGAAUUUCAGCUGAAAUUGAUGCAGACCAAUGUGGGAGAUGCCCAGAAGACCACUAUUCAAAUGCAGAAAAAGACCAGUGCCUUCCCAAACAUUUCAGCUAUUUAUCCUAUGGUGAACCCUUGGGAGUCGCUCUGACUUCCUUGAUUCUUUUCUUUUCGGCAACCCCCAUUUUAGUGGCAGUGAUCUUCCUUCUGCACUGGGACACCCCCAUUGUCAAAGCCAACAACAGGAACAUCACUUGCAUCCUUCUCUUUUCUCUCCUCCUCUGCUUUCUGUGCUCCCUGCUCUUUAUUGGCUGGCCUGGGGAAGUGACCUGCUUUCUCAGGCAAACUCUGUUUGGCACCAUUUUCUCCAUCUCAGUUUCCUGUGUCUUGGCCAAAACCAUCAUGGUAGUUCUGGCCUUCUUGGCCACCAAGCCAGGCAACCGGAUGAGGAAGUGGCUAGGGAGAAGACUGGCAGCAUCUGUCAUUGUCCUCUGCUCCUUUAUCCAAGCUGUUAUCUGUGCAGCAUGGUUGAUCACCUCUACUCCCUUCCCAGAGUUGGACAUGCAUUCCCUGACUGAUGAGAUCAUUGUGCAAUGUAACGAAGGCUCAGAUUCCAUGUUCUAUGUUGUCCUGGGCUAUUUGGGGCUGCUGGCCAGCAUCAGUUUCACUGUGGCUUUCUUUGCAAGAAAAUUGCCAGAUACUUUUAAUGAAGCCAAGCUGAUCACUUUCAGCAUGCUUGUGUUUUGCAGCGUUUGGCUCUCCUUCAUCCCAGCCUAUCUGAGCACCAAAGGAAAACACAUGGUGGCUGUGGAGAUCUUCUCCAUCUUGGCCUCUACUGCAGGUCUCCUGGGCUGCGUCUUUCUCCCCAAGUGCUACAUCAUGUUGUUGAGCCCACAUCUAAACACAAAAGGACAUUUGACCAGGAGGAUAGUUUAA